GGACUAGCUGAGGCCGAGAGCCGCGAGCCGCGAGCCGGGCAGUCCGGGGCAUCCAGGCUGCAGGCCGUGCCCCGGCUGCGCCGCCCGCCUGCCUCCCGCGCCGCCGCGCCGCCAGUGCGAGAGCUCCUCUCCAGCAUGCUGCGGUGGGGCAGCCAGGCGCUCCGGCGCUUCUCCACUGGCCGGGUUUAUUUCAAAAACAAGCUGAAGUUGGCACUAAUUGGCCAGAGCCUCUUUGGACAAGAAGUCUAUAGCCACCUCCGCAAAGAGGGCCACCGAGUAGUAGGGGUGUUCACAGUUCCAGACAAGGAUGGAAAAGCUGACCCUCUGGCUUUGGCUGCAGAGAAAGAUGGGACCCCUGUGUUCAAGCUUCCUAAAUGGAGAGUCAAGGGCAAGACCAUCAAAGAGGUGGCAGAGGCCUACAGAUCCGUGGGUGCAGACCUAAAUGUGCUCCCUUUCUGCACUCAGUUCAUCCCCAUGGAUAUAAUUGAUAGUCCAAAGCAUGGCUCUAUCAUUUAUCACCCAUCCAUCCUGCCCAGGCACAGAGGAGCCUCUGCUAUCAAUUGGACUCUAAUUAUGGGAGAUAAGAAAGCUGGGUUUUCUGUUUUCUGGGCUGAUGAUGGCUUGGAUACAGGACCCAUCCUUCUUCAGAGAUCAUGUGAUGUUGAACCCAAUGAUACAGUGGAUGCACUUUAUAAUCGGUUUCUUUUUCCUGAAGGAAUCAAGGCCAUGGUAGAAGCUGUCCAACUCAUAGCCGAUGGAAAAGCUCCUCGUAUUCCCCAGCCAGAAGAAGGGGCAACAUAUGAAGGUAUCCAGAAAAAGGAAAACGCUGAGAUUUCUUGGGACCAGUCUGCCGAAGUUUUACAUAACUGGAUUCGAGGUCAUGAUAAAGUCCCUGGAGCCUGGACAGAGAUAAAUGGACAGAUGGUCACUUUCUAUGGCUCAACAUUACUGAACAGCUCUGUGCCUCCUGGAGAACCACUGGAAAUUAAAGGUGCCAAGAAGCCUGGUCUUGUUACCAAAAAUGGACUUGUUCUUUUUGGUAACGAUGGAAAAGCACUGAUGGUGAGAAAUCUGCAGUUUGAAGAUGGAAAAAUGAUCCCUGCCUCUCAGUACUUUUCAGCGGGUGAGAUGUCAGUGGUAGAACUGACAGCCGAAGAGGUGAAAGUGGCAGAGACUAUCAAGGUCAUCUGGGCUGGAAUUUUAAGCAAUGUCCCCAUUAUUGAAGACUCAACAGACUUCUUUAAAUCUGGAGCAAGCUCAAUGGAUGUUGCCAGGCUGGUUGAAGAGAUCAGACAGAAAUGUGGUGGGCUUCAGUUGCAGAAUGAAGAUAUCUAUAUGGCCACCAAGUUUGAAGACUUUAUCCAAAAAGUUGUGAAGAAACUGAGAGGAGAAGAUCAAGAGGCAGAGCUGGUUGUAGAUUAUGUUUCAAAGGAGGUCAAUGAAAUGAUGGUAAAAAUGCCAUACCAGUGUUUCAUAAAUGGACAGUUCACAGAUGCAGACGAUGGAAAGACUUACGACACUAUCAACCCAACGGAUGGAUCUACAAUAUGCAAAGUAUCCUAUGCUUCUUUGGCGGAUGUUGAUAAAGCAGUAGCAGCAGCAAAAGAUGCUUUUGAAAAUGGUGAAUGGGGAAUAAUGAAUGCAAGAGAAAGAGGAAGAUUGAUGUACAGACUUGCAGACCUACUGGAAGAAAACCAAGAAGAGCUGGCAACCAUUGAAGCCCUUGAUUCAGGGGCUGUCUAUACCUUGGCUCUGAAGACUCACAUUGGAAUGUCUGUGCAAACAUUCAGAUAUUUUGCUGGCUGGUGCGACAAAAUUCAGGGUUCUACUAUUCCAAUCAACCAGGCCCGUCCAAAUCGCAAUCUGACCUUCACCAAGAAAGAGCCACUUGGUGUCUGUGCCAUUAUUAUUCCCUGGAACUACCCGCUGAUGAUGCUGGCGUGGAAGAGUGCUGCGUGUUUGGCAGCAGGCAAUACCUUAGUGCUCAAGCCAGCACAGGUCACGCCCUUGACUGCUUUGAAGUUUGCAGAACUGUCUGUGAAAGCAGGCUUUCCAAAGGGGGUCAUCAACAUCAUUCCCGGCUCAGGUGGCAUAGCAGGACAACGUCUGUCUGAACAUCCUGACAUCCGCAAACUUGGUUUCACUGGUUCCACUCCUAUUGGCAAACAGAUCAUGAAGAGCUGUGCUGUGAGCAACUUGAAGAAAGUUUCCCUUGAGCUUGGUGGCAAGUCUCCACUUAUAAUAUUUAAUGACUGUGAACUUGACAAGGCUGUGCGAAUGGGCAUGGGAGCAGUAUUUUUCAACAAAGGAGAGAACUGUAUUGCUGCUGGGCGGUUGUUUGUGGAAGAAUCCAUCCAUGAUGAAUUUGUGACAAGAGUGGUAGAAGAAAUUAAAAAGAUGAAAAUUGGUGAUCCACUUGACAGAUCCACUGAUCACGGGCCCCAAAAUCAUAAGGCCCAUCUGGAAAAGCUGCUGCAGUACUGUGAAACUGGAGUGAAAGAGGGGGCCACUUUGGUGUAUGGAGGAAGACAAGUCCAAAGGCCAGGCUUUUUCAUGGAGCCGACCGUGUUCACAGAUGUGGAAGACCACAUGUACCUUGCCAAAGAGGAAUCCUUUGGGCCUAUUAUGGUCAUUUCUAAAUUCCAAAAUGGGGACAUCGAUGGAGUGUUGCAGCGAGCAAAUAAUACAGAGUAUGGUUUGGCCUCAGGGGUUUUUACAAGAGACAUAAACAAAGCUAUGUAUGUGAGUGAAAAACUAGAAGCAGGAACUGUUUUUAUUAACACGUAUAACAAGACAGAUGUGGCGGCCCCAUUCGGCGGAGUUAAACAAUCUGGCUUUGGAAAAGACUUAGGUGAGGAAGCUCUAAAUGAGUAUCUCAAAACCAAGACGGUGACGCUGGAAUAUUAGAGCAACACUAUCAUCAGGAAAGCCUUGACAGAUAGCCCUUUUCAACUCGGGACACACUGAAGAAGAUUGGGUGUGCUGAGGCAGGAGGUGUCAGCCACAAACCAAAAAAUACACAGAUGAACCAUGAAGAGGGUCAGGCCAUGCUAAAGCAUUUACACACGUGCCUAUUUCUAAUACACCUUCCAGUGAUUUGCAGUUGUUGGGUUUUCACUGUUGUGUAUCAUAUGCAUUUCUAAAAUACCAAGCUGCUUUUCCCCUACCUAGACGAAUCUAUUCAUAGUUUCCAUCUUGAAGAUGUCAGUACCAUGCAGUAUAAUACACAAAGUGCAUUUAUUGGAAAUUUUGUAUAAUAUGUACAGGUUUUUAACCUCUGAACUAUACAUAGGGGGUUAUUAAAAAGAUUUUCUAUAAAUUUGCUUCUAAGGAACAGUAUAACUUGUAAGGAAUGUGAAGGUAGUUCUUUUUUAGUAUUUGGAAAUAAGAUACAUCUUUGUGCCUUUGAUGUUCCAUUUUUUUUAACCCACUAUGAUGGGUGAUUAACCUAGAAACAUUAUCUUGAGUGCCUACUAGGUACAAGGUACUAUAUUAUGUUCUGAGGAGUAUAUAGAAUUUAAUGACAUGAUGGCUGGCCCCCACAUAAAUUUUAGUAAAUAGCUUUUGAAGUGAAUUUUACGUAUGGUAUAGUAGGAAGUAAAUAGCCUUUGAAGGCUGAUCCUGGUUGGUAUCAUACCAUCUUACUACCGGUGUGACUUUGGGAAACUGCUGCAACUCCUCUGAGCCUCCGCUUCCCUAUGUGUAAAACAGAGAUAGUAAAUGCCUUCCUCAGGACCCUUAAUAGGAGAAUUCCUUGCAGUAAUGUAAGUAAAGCACCUCACAUUAAUGCUUUGCUCAUGGUAAGCACUCAAAUUUAACUCUGAUUUCCUCCGUCAUUAUUCUUAAAAGAUAUUGAGAUAGUUUAAUUAACUAGAUGAAUUCAUUUCCCACAACUCUUUUCAAUCAUCAAUGCCUAGACUAUUUUUCUCAUCCAUUGUUCUGACACAAUGCCUGAUACAGCAGCACUGAAAAAUGCCACAUAAUGAAAAAUGGCAAUCGUACAAGGAAAAGGGGUGCUUUUCUUUGGGCAGCUCGCUUGUCCUUCAUGGGACAUCUUACUUUCCAUUAUUCCACCUAUUGGUUCUGCUGCUCACUGGCUGUGUGAUCUUGGGCAAGACUGUAAUCUAGUAUCUCAGAGCCUAGAUUGAGUAUCUAUACAAUGAGAAUCAAAUCUCUAUCUCAGUAGGCAUUGCAAGGAAUCAGUGACAUAAUAUACAUAAUGCACUUAACAAUGCGUUUGGAUCAUAGCGUUGAAGAAAUGGAAACUAUUAACAGCCCAUUUCCCGUUGGCAGACAGAAGUAGUCAGGUAAGUUUUCACCAUCUAUGUGUGACUAGAAGGUGGCAAAUUUCUGAAUCACAGGAAUCUCCAGAAGAUAGCCAGAAAGUUAAAUUCUAUUAGUCCUCCUUUAAAAAUAAAAUUUCAGUCAACAUUCCUUUUUCUUUGGCUUUGAAGAAGCCCUUAGGGAAUAUUUGUCAUUUUGGAGACUUGGCAGAAUAACAUGAGGAGAUUAGAGAAUCAAUAAAAACUAAACAACAAAAUCAGAGGCAGAGAACAUUUUCAAAAGGAAGAAUAGCAGGUUUGAUUCCAGCAUGAUAAAUAGAGCGAAUUUGGCCUGGAAGCACUUUUGAUUAUUCUACAGCUCAUUUACCAUCCCAGAGUUUGGCACAGCUGCAAUUUUAAGUUGGAAUGAAUAUUCACUGGGGCCAAAAUGACAGUUCAUAUUUGAAUAAAAGUGACAAAAGCCUUUUUAUAAGUAAUCACUUUUAAGUGAAAUGUUUUAACUGAUUUCAUAUGAUUUAGAAUAUGAUUUAAUCAAAUUAUUUUAAUGAUGGAUGGAAUGGCAAACAAAAACAUGCCUGUUCUUCUAGACUGAUUUUACUUUACCCUCUAAUGUUCAUCUCAGUAGCGGUGUUUUACAUCUUCUCUGGGCUGCAAAACUCUUUUGGGAAUCUGAUAAAAGCUAUGACACACACUCCCUGUGUCCCGCUUCUACCCCCAAAUUCAUGUGCACACACAGAAUUCUGCAAAUAUCUUCAAGGGGUUCACAGACCUCCCAAAGGCCAUGCUUGGGCCCCAGAUUAAGAAUCCCUUUCUCUAUAGCAAGUUUUAAACAUUUCUUACCAGCUUACAUUUUUAGAUCUGGCUGAUCAGAAUCAAAGGCUCUGUGUAAUACAUAAAGUUACCAAGUCAGCUGGAAUUGGAACAUCACGAUCCCCAGCCUACUGGGUGAUUUACUUAAUACACAGAGUAAUAAAAUCAUCACUGUUGCUUCAGAUCACAGGUUAUUUUGCUAAUAAUGCUAAAGAUGAAGCUGUGAUCUUAUUAUCGCCUGAAUCGGGAGGUGUCGAUGCUUUAAGCAGUUCCAUUUUCCUUCUAAUUCCCCAUCCCCAUGCCUUUGCUAAAGCUGUCCCCUUUUGUUCUAACACCCUUCCUGGAUCUUCCUACCCCUACCUGGGCUAAUUGUCUCUCCUCAAUGCUCCCACUUUUCUCAAACAUAGCAUUUAUCACUUGUACUAAAAUUACUUGCCUUCCUAAUUAGAUAUGAGCAACCCUCCCCCACUCCAGGAUGGGCCUUCUGUCAAUAAUAAUACAACAGCUACCAUUUAUUGAGGGCCUCCUGUGUGCAAGACCUUAGGCUAAGCAUGUUUUAAAGCUCACAAUGUCUGAAAAAAAUGAAGAAAUCGAGGUGCUUUUCUUACUACCUCUACCCCAAAGCCAUCAUUACCUCUUAUUUUUUUUUUUUUGAGACGGAGUUUUGCUCUUGUUGCCCAGGCUGCAGUGCAGUGGUGCAAUCUUGGCUCACUGCAACCUCUGCCUCUUGGGUUCAAGCGAUUCUCAUGCCUUAGCCUUCCAAGUAGAUGGGAUUACAGGCAUGUGCCACUACACCUGGCUAAGUAGAGAUGGAGUUUCACCAUGUUGGCUAGGCUGGUCUCAAACUCCUGACCUCAAGUGAUCUAUCUGCCUUAGCCUCUCAAAGUGCUGAGAUUACAGGUAUGAACCACUGUGCCCAGCCCAUUACCUCUUUCCUACAAUUUUGCUCAAGUCUCCCAACUGGUCUUCUGGAUUGCUCUCUUGUGUGGUCCUGUUCAAAGCUUAAGUCAGACAGUGUCACUCCUCUGUUUAAAACCUUUCAAUGGCCCCCAUUUCACGUAGACCAAGUCCAGCGUAUUUACCUGACCUACUGAUCUUGCUCCUGGCUACCUCUGACCUCAUUUCCUGUCAAUUUUCCUCUCAUUCUGUUCCACCAUCCUGACUGCCUUGACUUCCUCAACAGAACAAGCCUGCUACUGCCUCGGGGCCUCUGUCCUUACUGUUCUUCUUCCCAGGGGUGUCCUGGUAAAAUAUUUAACAAGUAGUUCUCAGGGGCGGGGGAGACAACCCUAAUUUGUAGCAUUUGCAGGUAUCUGUGUGUAAAUACUUUCAUCAAGGCUACUUUUGAGCUACUAAUUUGCCUUCACUGAACACAGAGUUUGGGAAGAGAUGCAUGCCAUCAGAACAAAUGCAAGCCAGCACCAGCACACCACUGCCUCAUCCUGCAACUCUUGCCCAUACACAACCUCAUGGCUGGCUGGCUCACUUCCUGCAGGUCUCUCCUCAAAUAUCAUCUGAUUAGAGACACAUUCCCUGAUUAUGCUGUCUAAAAUAGGCCAUAUACUCCCACAUUCAUACCCCAUCGGCUGUCAUUCUUUAUUCUAAGUGCAUUAUUUUCAUAGCACUUAUCACUACCUGUUGUAUAUUAAUCAAUGAUCUUUUCCCAUUAGAAUGUGAGUUUCAUGAACAGGUACUUGUUUUGUUUAAUACUGUAUCUCCAGUCCUAAUAUGUAACAGGCGCUCAAUAAAUGUUUGCUUUUAAAUGGAAAGGUUAAGUAACCUGCUGAAAUCACACAGCUAUUAAGUGGCAGAACAGGUUUUCAAGCAAUGAAUCUGGUGGUUUUAACUAAGUUGAGAUAGUUUUUAUUCCUAAUGCCUAAAUCAGGGCCUGGGUAGUGAGCUGUGGGCACAUAUUAAGAAUUAAACUUAAAAAAUAAUAAUAAGCAAAAUGGACAUUAUCUGUAAAAUCUUUUGUGGAAGUGGCUAGAGCUAGGGUAAGGAAUCAAAUUUGGUUCCCCAUACCUGCCCUCCAAGAAAAUAAAGCUGUCAAGGAAAAUCUGCGCUAAGAGUAGGAUAUGAGGGAUGAUGGAUAAGGCAUGAGACAUGAGAGAUAAGGGGGAUUAAAUUACUAUUACUAUUAUACAAAUGAUGCCUGAUUUUUAAAAUGAUUAAAUACCCAAUUAUGUAAAACAAAUUUUAUAAAAUAGGAAAGUAAGACUUACUCAACUAUAAUUUGUUGAGUCAACGCAAAAAUCUAUUUGGUUAUUUCCAAACAGAAAUAGCCUACAGAUGAUAUCCGAGAUUGUUUCAAACUUUUUCUGUGAAUAUGUGUACUUUUUUUUUACAGAAUUAAUAUAAUACUGUUACCUGCUUUUUCAAUUAACAAUGUAUCAUAAGCAUCUUUCUAUGUCAAUAAACACAGUUCUGCAUAUUUCAA